GGAUACGAUGCUAUAUUCUGCAUAAUGAGUACAUUCGGUACACUUUUUCGAGUUACUACCUUUGGAGAAUCUCACGGCAAAUCCGUAGGUUGCAUUGUCGACGGAUGUCCACCUGGGUUAUCUCUCGUUGAAGCUGAUAUACAAAUACAACUUGAUAGAAGGAGACCAGGUCAAAGUAAUUUGACAACUCCAAGGGAUGAAAAAGAUAAAGUAGCAAUACAAUCGGGUACAGAAUCUGGUAUAACGUUAGGUACGCCAAUUGGAUUAUUGGUUCCAAAUCAGGAUCAAAGACCUCAUGAUUAUUCAGAAACUGAUUUAUAUCCUAGACCAAGUCACGCUGAUUGGACAUAUUUACAAAAAUAUAGUAUCAAAGCAAGUAGUGGAGGAGGCAGAGCAUCUGCUCGAGAAACAAUAGGGAGAGUUGCUGCUGGAGCUAUUGCUGAAAAGUAUUUAAAGCUUGUUCAUGGAGUUGAGAUUGUUGCAUUUGUAUCUUCAGUCUCAAAUAUAGCAAUGCCAUUUAUUAAUGAGCAAGAUGAAAGAUUAUUUCCUGAAGAUUUUUGGGAACUUUUAAAUACAAUUCGUAGAGAAGAAGUAGACAAAGAUGCCGUUCGAUGUCCCGAUAAAACAGUAUCAGAUAAAAUGCGGGAGCGUAUUCAUGAAGCUAAAGAAGCUAAAGAUUCUGUUGGAGGAACAAUUACAUGUGUCAUUCGUAACGUACCCGUCGGAUUAGGUGAACCAUGUUUUGAUAAGUUGGAAGCAAAAUUUGCACACGCAAUGCUCUCUAUUCCAGCUACAAAAGGUUUUGAAAUUGGAAGUGGAUUCAAAGGUACUACGUUAUUUGGACAUCAACAUAAUGAUCCUUGGGUAUUAAAAAAUGAUAGACUAGGUACUAAAACUAAUAACUCCGGUGGUACUCAGGGUGGUAUUACGAAUGGUGAAAAUAUUUAUUUUAGAGUUGCAUUUAAACCACCUGCUACUAUUUCUCAAGAACAAGAAACUGCUACUUACAAUGGCGUUGAUGGUGUGCUUGCGGCUCGAGGUCGUCAUGAUCCAUGUGUAGUUCCACGUGCUGUGCCAAUUGUCGAGUCAAUGGCAGCCCUAGUUAUCAUGGAUGCCCUUAUGAUUCAACAAUCUCGUAAAACUGUCGCUUCAUUACUACCUCCAAAUCCUAAUAUUCCAGCUGCAAUGUCAGGUGUAAUCCCAAAACUAUCAGAAACACAAAAGCAAUAAAAAAACGAGUUUUACUUUAAUAUUCUUUAUUCUAUUAUAGUAUUAAACCUAAUAAAAAUCAUAUUGCUUCCUUUGU